UAUCAUACGAAACACAUGCAGAUAUUUUCCCGACAGAAAUUUUUUAAUUCCGACCCUCAACAACCAUAAAUAGCCAGCCAGAGUGGGAGAGUUGCAAAGCGACAAAUAACGAGAAAAGCGAAAGAGGGAAUUGAUAGAUCGAAAACACAACAGCGAGUCUUCGCCAUGGAUAGUGGAAAGUCGACUAACAAAAGUGCAGGGAAGCCGAUUCGAUGCAGAGCUGCGGUUGCUCGCGAGCCGGGGAAGCCUCUGGUCAUAGAGGAGGUUAUGGUUGCUCCUCCAGAGGCUCAUGAAGUCAGGAUCAAGAUUAUUUGCUCUUCUCUCUGUCACAGCGAUAUUGUCUUUUGGAAAUUGAAGGAAUUUCCGGGAAUCUUUCCAAGAGUUUUAGGUCACGAAGCCAUUGGGGUUGUGGAGAGCGUGGGAGAAUAUGUGAAUGAUUUUACCGAAGGCGAUGUUGUCAUACCAGUAUUUAUGUCAGAUUGUGGAGAAUGUGAGGAUUGCAGAUCCCCGAAGAGCAACUUGUGUUCAAAUUAUCCAUUUAAGUUCUCUCCUUGGACACCUAGGUACGAGACGAGCAGAUUUACAGACCUCAAGGGAGAGGUUUUAUACCAUUUCCUAUUUGUGUCAAGUUUCAGUGAGUAUACCGUGGUCGAUGGGGCUAAUGUUGUAAAGAUCGAUCCUGCCGUCCCUCCGAAUCGGGCUUGCCUCCUGGGUUGCGGAGUGUCCACAGGCGUUGGUGCUGCUUGGAGAGCUGCAAAUGUUGAGGCAGGAUCAACUGUGGCUGUAUUUGGGCUGGGAUCAAUUGGAUUAGCAGCUGCAGAGGGAGCAAGGCUUUGUGGUGCUGCCAGAAUUAUAGGAGUUGACGUAAAUCCUGAGAAGUUUGAAGUUGGGAAAAAAUUUGGUGUCACUGACUUUGUCAAUCCUAAAAGCUCUGGGGAUAAAGCCGUGAGCCAGGUGAUUAAGGAAAUGACUGGUGGGGGUGCAGACUAUUGCUUCGAAUGUGUUGGUUUGGCAUCCUUGGUUGAGGAAGCAUAUGCAUCGUCCCGAAAGGGCUGGGGAAAGACAAUAGUUUUAGGUUUGGACAAGCCGGGGUCACAGAUAUGCCUUAACUCUAAUGGGGUCCUUCAGGAUGGGAAGAUCAUCACUGGAUCCUUGUAUGGAGGCCUGAAACCUAAAAGGGAUGUUCCCAUACUCGCACAACGUUACAUGGACAAGGAAUUGCAACUUGAUGAGUUUGUCACACACGAGGUGAAGUUUGAAGACAUAAACAAAGCUUUUGAUCUGCUUCUUAAAGGAGAGUCUCUCCGAUGUGUGAUUUGGAUGAACAAAUGACACGUUUUUAGAAUUGUGCGUAAUUUGAUCAGGUGACUCGUUUCGACGUGGUGAUCAAGCUCCACCCUUAUUUUGGCAAAUUCCAUUGUUUAGGGCCUCAAAUGACCAUUUUAAUGUUUUAUGGAUAUUUUUAUAAUUUGGUGUUUUUGUGUUUUUUCGUCAAUGUCCUGUCAAACGACAGUGUCCUGUGAGAUGUGACCGUGAAAUGUUGAUUUAAUCUUUUUCGUUGUUUUCA